UGCCAUCCACAAUUUAUCCCUCUUGUCCUGGGGCUUCGUCCCCAAUACAGGGCUUUCCCCUCUCUCUCCUCUCUCUAGGAAUCAGAAUAAUUCUUCAGAAUCUCUUUCAAUUUCUUUGUAAAGUUGUCUUUGUAUAGUUUCUCUCUCUACAGCUUUCCGCCUCUCUCUAUAUUUAUAUAUAUAUAUACAUAUAUCUAUAUAUAAAUCUACUUAUUUAUUUUUUGCCCUAAAUUUAUCACCAUGACUGCACUCGUUGAGAACAACGAUCAACAGCUAAGCAACGCCCUUGAGAAUCUCUCUAUUGAAAAGCAGACGGAACUGGAGGGUCCAAUUGGGGAUCAUCAAGCAGUUGAUUGUGAGAAUCAUCACGGGUUGUGUGCGAUCUGUUUGGAUAAGAUAGCACUUCAAGAAACUGCUCUUGUAAAAGGUUGCGAGCACGCCUACUGUGUGACCUGUAUACUUCAGUGGGCCACAUACAGAGAGAAACCGACAUGCCCUCAGUGUAAACAUCCAUUUGAGUCCCUCAAUAUACAUCGUUCACUUGAUGGCAGCAUCCACGAUUACAUGUUCGAGGAGAGUGUGUGCCUUCUUCUCAGGGCUUCAUGGUUUAAGCCUUUGGUAGUGGAGUAUCACGAAGAGGUGGAUGAUGGAGAUGCAUAUCUUUUUUAUUCAUAUGAGUAUGAGUAUGAGGAUGAAGAUGACGAUCCGGAUGAGGUAUACUAUAGCAGUUCAUCAAACCUCCGCAUUGGUAACCGCAGAUGGGGGGAUAAUGGAUAUGUUAGCGCUGGAAGGCAAGAAGCAAGGCCAGUCAUCCAUCGACCAAAUACACAGGACUCUGGUGCUGGUUCGUCACGUCAGCCUAAGAAGAAGGAAGCUGCUGCUGCAAAAGAUUCGGUGGGGCGACGAGCGAAGAGGGCACUGAAGCGUGAAGCUGCUGAUAAGGCUGCCGCUGCAAAACAUGAGCAGCUUUUGGUCAGAUUGGGUCGGAAGUGACCGUCUCCGAGUACUCUCUAGUACAGAGACCUUCAAAUUCGUCGCUCCUUGUACAGUUGUUCCUUGCUUUCAAGUUUGUGAAAUAAUAACACAAUUGACUCGGUAGUAGGUUAGAUACCUGUUAUAAAUGGGCUUGAUCAAUGCCCUACUGUACCUUUCCAGGUUUACAUCCCUGACUAUUCAGUUCUUCCAGCAACCUUGUUUAUAUGGGUUUCUGUGGUGUACAUUAUUUGAUUAUCUUA